AGUGCCUAGCCGGCCAGGCCAAGCCAUGAAGCUCGAGAAGGUGAGGAAGUCAAGGCAAUUCUGAAAAGUCUGACUACUCUCCAAGCAAACUUCAGUGUGCCGGUUGUCAGUGUUACGUUGUUGUCUGUGGGUUUGGUGGUAGAGUUCCAGUAACAUCUUGGUAGUAGUGGGGUGUUGUCUGUGUGGUCCAACAUCUCAGUCUUGUGUAUACGUUGGCGGCGCUACAGCACCUAGUGAGCAUGUGCGACUGUUAACUGUGAAAUAACUUGUGCCGUAAACGUUAUCCGUGUAGUAACCUGUUCAUUGAAACACUGAGGAACUUCAUCUGCAACAAGCAGUGAAAGACGCAGAGCAACAGCUUCAGUGCGAGGGAAGAGAAGGGUCCUGCCGUCAGUAGACUCAGCGGAAGCAUGUAUGAGAGUCACCUAUCCGUGUACGCCGCCGCAGAGCACCACCAGGUGUCGCGCGACAACUCCACGGAGAGCGAGGAGCCUCCGCCCACACCCAAGUCGCCUCCGCCGCCCCUCGAUAACGCUGUGGUAGCGGGCAGCGGGUGUCCCCAGGAGAACCAGCACCAGGGGAAGGAACUGCUGUACACGGUGGUGGCGCUGCCCAUCGACAUGGUUUUCAAUCUCCUCUUCGUGCAGGAUCACUUCAUGACCGACGUCUAUACCAUAAAGAAGACAUACGACCUGGUGUUCGGGGCGUGGGAGGAGCAGGAGGAUGGUCAUCGAGGCCGCCAAAUAACUUACACCAUGACCCUCCCAUCAGCCAACCUCGGCCCGAAGGUCUCUUACGUCACAGAAAAGCAGGUCAUACUGGCCAACUCGAAGCCCGGGGAGGCGUACGUGGUGGAGUUUGAGUCAACCAACAAUGGGAUCCCGUACGCUGACGCCUUCUCCAUAGCCAGCCACUAUUGCCUCCGCAAGGAGGACGAAAACAAGACGCGCAUAGGGGUGUGGGCCAAUAUCAAGUACAAGAAGACUCUGUGGGGCUUGAUCAAGACAAUGAUAGAGAAAAACGCCUACAGUGGAAUGGAGGGACUGCUGGCCGAGGUGGUGAUUCAGCUGGGCACUGAGGCGGAUCGCCUGGCCGCACCUAAGGGAGCUAGGCGACGCAGGCGAACGAUGGCAGACAAAAAUCAUGGAGCCUCAAAACAUUCCACCACGACUUCCCACGCACACAAGGCAGACGGCGCAGGGAUCGGCAGAAGUGCAGUGCUGGUGAUGCUCACGGCGAUGGUGGUGCUGGUGGUGGGGAACGCGGUGCUGUACUACAGGUUGUCGCGUCUCGAGCAGAAAUCCAACCCCCUAGACAAUUUGCCGGCCAGCAGAUACCUCAGCGUGACGGGGUCGUGGAAGGUGGUGGCGCAAAUCUUGCAACGUCAGGAGGACAUUCAUCAAAAGCAACUUGAGGAAUGGAAGGCAAAACUACAGCAGGCGUCCACCACACUGCGCGAGGUCCAAAAGUCGCUGGAGAUGAUCGUCAGUACGAUUCCUGAGCAUGAAGAAAACCUGAAGCGCGUCCUGGAGCAGCAGAGCGAGGAAGUACUGCAGGGGUGGCUGCAGGCUGAAGGUACUUUGACUCAGCAUCUCAAACAUUUGAGCCUUGAGGAAGCUGUAGUUCAACGUCUUCAGAAACUCAACUCCACUGACACAGGAGAGGUGCAGAACAGCACUCCAGAUUCCUCAGACACAGAACACACGUGAGGAGUGAGGCUCACCAGGGCGGCUGGAUCCUCUCCGUCGUGCCAAGUAGCAAAGCACUGGGAUGUCCUACUCGGGCCUCACCGCUGCCCCAUUACGUACACUCCUGAUGAGCAGCGGUCACUUAGCCAAAGACACAGGACGAAGGGGUUUGUCUAAUACACACUCUCCAUUCAUAUUAUUCAAUUUUACUUUACUAUUUAUUUAUUAUGUUUGAAUUAUUUAUUAUGUUUGUGUAAUGUAAUAAAUAAACCAUCUGUAAAGAACGUC